GGAGUUUGAAAGUAACCUAAAUAGAAACAUUGAAAACCCAAUGAAAACAAAUCUGAAUAUGAAAAGUUUGGUGUAGAAAAUGAAAACAAAAAAAUGGCUUGGAUAACACUUUACCCGUGAGUGACAUCACCCCAAAACCCUCAACCCCCGUUAAAGCCCUAAUUUUCUUCCGAUCAUUCGCAGCCCCCUUUUUCCACACACUGAUUCCUCGGCUAAGGGAUUAUAAUGGCAGGGAAGAUGAAUCUGAACAACAUGAAGGUACCCAAGAUGCCUGAUGCCCGUGGAGCUUCAGCAUUGAUAAAGUUUGGAGCCAUUCUUGGUAUUGGGUUGUAUGCAGCUGGUAACAGUUUGUACAAUGUUGAGGGAGGGCAUCGUGCUAUUGUCUUCAAUCGUAUAGUUGGUGUUAAAGACAAGGUCUACCCAGAAGGGACACACAUCAUGAUCCCCUGGUUUGAAAGGCCCGUCAUCUAUGAUGUUCGUGCACGACCCCAUCUUGUAGAGAGCACUUCUGGUAGCCGUGAUUUGCAAAUGGUGAAAAUUGGUCUUCGAGUUCUCACUCGACCUGUUGCUGAUGAACUACCUACUGUUUAUCGAACUCUUGGUGAGAACUAUAAUGAGAGAGUCCUGCCUUCAAUCAUUCAUGAAACAUUGAAAGCUGUGGUUGCGCAGUAUAAUGCUAGCCAGCUUAUUACCCAAAGAGAGGCUGUUAGUAGGGAGAUAAGGAAAAUACUAACGGAUAGGGCUGCCAAUUUCAACAUUGCACUUGAUGACGUGUCCAUCACAAGUCUUACUUUUGGGAGGGAGUUUACUGCUGCGAUUGAAGCAAAGCAAGUUGCUGCACAGGAAGCUGAGCGGGCCAAGUUUGUUGUAGAAAAGGCUGAGCAGGACAAGAGAAGUGCUAUCAUCAGAGCACAGGGAGAAGCAAAGAGUGCGCAACUGAUUGGGCAAGCAAUUGCCAACAAUCCGGCAUUUAUAACGCUGAGGAAAAUUGAAGCGGCUCGAGAAAUCGCAGCCACGAUGGCCAAUUCGUCAAACAAAGUCAUGUUGAAUGCUGAUAAUCUGCUGCUCAACCUUCAGGAAAUGAGCCUGGAAAAGAAGUAAAACACAACAUUUCUAAAAACCUCCUAUUUGAGACUACUAAGAUGAAGAUUUUGUUUCUUUUAUUGUUUAAAAUGAUGGAUGACCCUUGACUGUCGAAUAAUAUGGUGAAUGUUCGAAUGUCAUGGCAAACACGUGGUGGCUUUGUUAUGGUGAUCUGACCUUAGUACUUACUUUGUUCAUGUAAAACCAUUAGACGUUCCUUCCUUUGCCCUUUACCAGAUGCUCCCAGAAGCUGUUCGAGAACGUCUCUCUACUCCACAUCUGAUGCCAUCUCCUUUCUGUGUUUGUGAGACUAAUAUGUUGCUUAGUUAUUUAUGUUUUCGUAAUUAGACUGCAUCAUCUGUUGCGUGAUAUGUGAUUGUUUAGUCAUCCCCGUCUC